AUGGGCCCUCCACCACCACCACCACCACCACCAAAUUCAGAUGCUCUUGAAAAUCAAGAGUUACUUCAAAGACAGAAACGAUUACUAAGUUUCAUGCUAUCGAAAAAAGUCCCACCUGUCCCUACUGAAGAUGAAAGGAAACCAUAUCCAGCAAGUUCUGCCAAUAUAUUUUCCCGAAUGUUUUUUUGGUGGUUAUCACCAGUGAUGAAAUCAGGUUAUAAACGAACUUUACAACCUGAUGAUUUAUUCUAUUUAACAGAUGAUAUUAAAGUACAACAUAUGGCCGAUACAUUUUAUCGUUAUAUGACUGAAGAUAUAGCGAAAGCUCAACAACAACAUAUUAUUGAAAAAUGUAAAGAAAGAGGUGAAACAUUAGAAAAUUCAUCAGUUGAUUCAGAUACUGAUUUACAAGAUUUCAAAUUAUCUAAAUUUCUUACUGUAUGGGCUUUAGCGAAAACUUUUAAAUGGCAAUAUACUUGGGCAUGUAUUUGUUUAACUUUAAGUAAUGUUGGUCAAACCACAUUACCAUUAUUAUCGAAAAAAUUAAUUGAAUAUGUUGAAUUAAAAGCUCUUGGUCAUGAAACUGGUAUUGGUAAAGGAAUAGGUUAUUCAUUUGGUACAGCAAUAAUUGUGUUUGUUAUUGGGGUAUUUAUUAAUCAUUUCUUUUAUAGAUCCAUGAUUACUGGUGCUCAAGCCAAAGCAGUAUUAACUAAAGCACUUUUAGAUAAAUCAUUUAAAUUAAAUGCUGAGGCAAAACAUAAAUAUCCUUUAGGUAAAAUAACUUCAAUGUUAGGUACCGAUUUAUCAAGAAUUGAUUUUGCCCUUGGAUUCCAACCAUUUUUAAUUGUAUUCCCAGUACCAAUUGGCAUUGCUAUUGCUAUAUUGAUUAUUAAUAUUGGUCCUGCUUCAUUAGUUGGAGUAGGGAUUUUAUUUGUAUUUAUGAUUGCCAUUGCCUUUUCUACGGGGAAAUUAUUUGCUUAUAGGAAAAAAGCCAAUUUUUAUACUGAUUCAAGAGUUAAUUAUAUUAAAGAAGCUUUAACUAAUUUAAAAGUGAUUAAAUUUUAUUCUUGGGAACCUCCAUAUCAUGAAAAUAUUUCUAAUGUUCGUAAAAAAGAAAUGAAAAUCAUUUAUCAUAUGCAAGUAUUAAGAAAUAUUGUUACAUCAUUUGCCAUGUCAUUAACAUUAUUUGCUUCAAUGACAGCUUUUUUAGUACUUUAUGCUAUUAGAACUCAUGGUCGAGAUCCAGCAUCAAUUUUUUCAUCACUUUCAUUAUAUAAUACUUUAACUCAACAAGUUUUCCUUUUACCAAUGGCUUUAGCAAGUGGUGCUGAUGCAUUUAUGGGGAUUUCUCGUGUUGGUGAAUUUAUGUCUCAAGGUGAAAUACCUAAAGGAGAAAAUUCUAUAGAAGCAACUCCAGAAAUGAAACAAUUGAUGGAACAAGAAGAUUUAGCUAUAGAAGUAGAUCAUGCUGAUUUUGAAUGGGAAACUUUUGCUGAUGAAGAAACCCCUGAUGAGAAAAAAGCUAAUAGUAAAGAAGAAAAAAAAAAAGAAGAAGAAGAAAAUCAUGUUGAUGUCAUAACUUCAACUCAUGAAGUUACUAGUGAGAAAUCAUAUUCUAAAGAAAAUGGAAAUUCAACAAUAGCUAGUAGUAAAGACACAGAAGUUGAAGAGGAGGAGGUUACUUUUAAAGGAUUAAAAGAUAUUGAUAUUAAAGUGAAAAAAGGUGAAUUUAUUGUUAUUACUGGAUUAAUUGGUUCAGGUAAAUCAUCAUUAUUGAAUGCUCUUUCUGGAUUUAUGAAACGUACUAAUGGAUCAGUCAAUGUUAAUGGAUCUUUAUUACUUUGUGGAUAUCCUUGGGUACAAAACACUACUGUUAAAGAAAAUAUUAUUUUUGGAUCAGAAUGGGAUGAAGAAAAAUAUAAUAAAGUAAUUUAUGCUUGUUCAUUGGAAGCUGAUUUAGAAAUAUUACCUGCUGGAGAUAGAACUGAAAUUGGUGAACGUGGUAUUACUUUAUCUGGAGGUCAAAAGGCUAGAAUCAAUUUAGCUCGUGCUGUAUAUGCUAAUAAAGACAUUAUUUUAUUGGAUGAUGUUUUAAGUGCAGUUGAUGCUCGUGUCGGGAAACAUAUUAUGAAUAAUUGUAUUUUAGAUUUAUUGAAAAAUAAAACAAGAAUAUUGGCUACUCAUCAAUUAUCAUUAAUUGGUUCUGCUGAUAGAGUUAUUUUUUUAAAUCCUAAUGGUACUAUUGAUGUUGGGAAAUUUGAAGAAUUACAAGCAACUAAUGAAAGUUUUAGUAAAUUAAUGGCUUACAAUAGUGAAUCAAAGAAAGAAAACGACGAGAAAGAAGAAGAAGAAGAACAAGAAGAGCUACAAGAAGAGAAUGAAUUGUUUGGAGAUGAAGACCCAUUAGAUGAUGAACUUGAAGAAGAAAGGAAAAUGAUUCAAAGACAAGUGACUCAAAGAACUCAACCAGAUGAAAAAGAUGAAGAAGAUGAAGAAGGACGUCAUCGUGAAUUUAAUGUUGAUAAAACUGCUGAUGGGACAUUAAUUGAAGCUGAAGAUCGUGCUGUUAAUGCCAUUAGUUUGAGUGUUUAUAAAGAAUAUCUUGUUUUAGGAUCAGGAAAAUUUUCACCUUGGGUUAUUGUUCCAAUUUUAUUAACUUUUAUUGUCUUGGCGACAUUUUGUCAAAUUUUCACUAAUACUUGGUUAUCUUUUUGGACUGCUCAUAAAUUCAAUCAACCAGAUAAAUUUUAUAUUGGUAUUUAUAUUAUGUUUGCAUUUUUAUCAUUUAUUCUUUUAACAUUGGAAUUUAUUGUUUUGGUAUAUAUUACCAAUACUGCUGCUGUAAUGUUGAAUGUAAUGGCAGUGAAAAAAGUUUUACAUGCCCCCAUGUCAUUUAUGGAUACUACCCCUAUGGGGAGAAUUUUGAAUCGUUUUACUAAAGAUACUGAUGUUCUAGAUAAUGAAAUUGGUGAUCAAUUAAGAUUUUUCUUAUUUGUUUUCGCCAAUAUUAUUGGAGUAUUAAUUUUAUGUGUUAUUUAUCUUCCUUGGUUUGCAAUUGCUAUACCAUUUUUAGGAUUUUUAUUUGUUAGUAUUGCCAAUUAUUAUCAAGCUUCAGCAAGAGAAAUUAAACGUUUAGAAGCUAUUCAAAGAUCAUUAGUUUAUAAUAAUUUUGAUGAAACUUUAAGUGGGAUGAUUACUAUUAAAGCAUAUCAUGCAACUGAAAGAUUUGCCUUGAAAAACAAUUAUUUGAUUGAUAGAAUGAAUGAAGCUUAUUAUAUUACUAUUGCUAAUCAACGUUGGUUAGCUAUUCAUAUGGAUUUUGUUGCUGCUCUUUUUGCCUUAUUGAUUGCUUUACUUUGUGUUAAUCGAGUUUUCAAUAUUAGUGCUUCAUCAGUAGGUUUAAUUGUAUCAUAUGUUUUCCAAAUUGCUGGACAAUUAUCCAUGCUUAUUAGAACAUAUACUCAAGUUGAAAAUGAAAUGAAUUCUGCUGAAAGAUUACAUACUUAUGCUCAAAAUUUACCAAAAGAGGCUCCUUAUAUAAUCACAGAAAAUACUCCACCACCAAAUUGGCCCAAUAAAGGAGCCAUUGAAUUUGAUAAUGCUUCAUUAGCUUAUAGACCUGGAUUACCAUUAGUUUUAAAAAAUUUGAAAUUUAAAAUUAAUCCAAUGGAAAAAAUUGGUAUUUGUGGUAGAACUGGUGCUGGUAAAUCAUCAAUUAUGACAGCAUUAUAUCGAUUAUCAGAAUUAGAAUCGGGGAAAAUUAUUAUUGAUGAUAUUGAUAUUUCAACUUUAGGUUUAAAAGAUCUUCGAUCAAAAUUAUCAAUUAUUCCUCAAGAUCCAGUAUUAUUCCGAGGAUCAAUUCGGAAAAAUUUGGAUCCAUUUAAUGAACAUUCUGAUGAUAAACUUUGGGAUGCAUUAAGACGUACAGGAUUAAUUGAAGAAUCAAGAUUAGAUAUUGUAAAGAAACAAAUCAAACCAAAAAUUGAGAAUAAUAAAAAAGAUGAUAAAAAGAAAGAAGAAGAAGAAGAAGAAGAAGAUGAUGAUGAUGAUGAUGGUGUUGGUUCAACAUUACAUAAAUUCCAUUUAGAUCAAACUGUGGAAGAAGAAGGAUCAAAUUUUUCUCUUGGUGAACGUCAAUUAAUUGCUUUUGCUAGAGCAUUAGUUCGUGAUUCUCGAAUUUUAAUUCUUGAUGAAGCUACAUCUUCAGUUGAUUAUGAAACUGAUUCUAAAAUUCAACACACAAUUAUUAAAGAAUUUAAAGAUUGUACCAUUUUAUGUAUUGCUCAUAGAUUGAAAACAAUCAUUAAUUAUGAUCGAAUUUUAGUAUUAGAUAAAGGUGAAAUUAAAGAAUUUGAUACUCCUUGGAAUUUAUUUAAUAGUGAAAAUAGUAUUUUCCAACAAAUGUGUCAUCGUUCAAAUAUUACUGAACAAGAUUUCCAAGAAGCUACUGGAUUUUAG